AUAUAUAUACUAUUCUGUUGACUGGCAAAAACGACAAGACUCUGAUCAUCUUUACUUACCUCCUAUAUUCCCAGAGUAAAAACCUCUCCCGUGAUACGCAAGAUUACAAACCAGUGUUUGGAAACAGCAAAAGAAUGAAGUUGCUGAUCCUGUUUCUAAUCUUUGUAGCGAUAAUCUCUAUCGCAAAAGCACAGACCAGAUUUGUAGCAAAAGCAGGUUCGUGUCCACCUGCCUUACCUGUACAAUUUUGCGGACGUUCCUGCUACGUUGACGCACAUUGUGCUGGAAUUGGCAAGUGCUGUCCGACCCGAUGUGGUGGUUCUAUUUGCUCUAUGCCUGUCACGAUGACGCGACCUACUCAAACAGAAAAACCAGGAUCUUGUCCAUCGAUUCCAACAGGAAGAUGGAUCUGUUCAUCGACUUGCAAUAACGACAACGAUUGUAAAGGAAAUCUAAAGUGCUGCAAAAACAGAUGUGGGGCUCUAGCUUGCCAAAAACCAGAGGUUGAAAUAUUUGAAUCCAGCGAAACUCCAAUUAGACCUAAUGUUUAACGUUUUGGAAAUGAUUACAAUAAUUACUAACGAUGUUGCUAAUCCUUAUUUUUGUCCCCGUAUAAUAACGAAUAUAUACAAACUCAAUAUGCUUAUGAUUUUUAUAUUUGA